GGAAACUCGGGCACUACCCGAGGGCCCGGGGUCAGUAGGGGGCCCCAUGAGAUGCCCCUGGUACCUUUUUUCAUAGGCUUUUUUGAGUUUGGGCAAGGACACAGGGGCCCCAUGAUCUGCUAUUGCCUGGGGGCCCCAUGAGUUGUCAGUCCGCCCCUGAUAAGAAGUAUAUAAAUCUAGCAACCGAUAAAACUGAGCCAUGGAGGUGUUUGUGGUUAAACUCCCCAGCAGGGGCGGUCAGUAGGGGGCCCCAUGAGAUGCCACUGGUACCUUUUUCAUAUUCUUUUUUUAGUUUGGGCAAGGACACAGGGGCCCCAUGAUCCCCUAUUGCCCGGGGGUCCCAU